UUAAAUUGGAUGCAACCAGUAGAGAGUCUGCACACUUCAAUAAGGAUGUUAGCACCGAGGAACUCCCUGGUGAACACAGUGCAGAUUUGUCAGAGUUACAGAGCGAAGGGAACUUUGGUUCGUGCGAGAUUUGUAAGAAAACAUUUUCUCUUGGCAAUAAUAUAUCGGGACUUAUAAGUGCAAGUAGCAGAGGAACAACUUCUCAUUGUGAAAUGUGUGUCAAAUCGUUCAUUGAGACGCGUAGUGCCGUGCGACUAUUCAGAGGUGGUGAACAGAAGUUUUCAUGCAAUGUAUGCACCAGAAGUUUCACUAGUCGCUAUAAUCUAGACAGUCAUAUCAGGGUACACAGUGGAGAACGACCCUUUUCUUGUGAAGUGUGCAAGAAAAGGUUCGCUCAUCGCUCUAACCUAAACGCCCAUCUCAGAGUACACACCGGAGAAAGACCUUUUUCGUGCAAAGUGUGUAACAAAAGGUUCCGUCAGCGGUUUCAUCUAAAGACCCAUCUGAGAGUACACACUGUGGAACGGCCUUCAUCUUGCGAAGUAUGUAAGAAAACGUUCACUCAGAGCUCUAGCUUAAACGCCCAUCUCAGCGUACACACCGGAGAACGACCCUUAUCUUGCGAAGUGUGUAAGAAAUGUUUCGGUCAUCGCUCCAACCUAAACGCCCAUCUCAGAGUACACACCAGACCUUUCUCGUGCAAAAUGUGUAAGAAAAGUUUUUCCCACCUCACUGCCCUAAACAGGCAUCUCAUGAUACACAGUGGACAACGACCUUUCUCUUGCAAAAUAUGUCACAAAAAAUUCAUUCAACGCUCAUCUCUGAAUACGCAUCUCAGGAUACACACAGGAGUGCGACCUUUUUCGUGUGAAAUAUGUAAGAAAAGUUUCACUGAAAGCUCAAAUCUGAACACGCAUCUCAGAAUUCAUACAGGAGAACGGCCCUUUUGUUGCGAUGUGUGUAAGAAAAUGUUCGCUCAUCGCGGUAACCUAAUAACGCAUCUCAGAAUACACAGUGGAGAACGACCUUUUUCGUGCAAAGUUUGUAAGAAAAGAUUUUCCCAGCUCAGUGUCCUAAAUAAGCAUCUCAGAAUACACAGUUGAGAUCUACAUUUUGAGUGCAAUGUCUGUAAGAGGAAGUUCGCUAAAAGCUCAAACUUAAACCGGCAUCUCCUAAUACAUAGUGCCGGACUAAAUGUGUAGAGAAAUUUGUAGCAAAUUUUCUUUCUUCGCAGAUAUCCGAACUGGUGACAUAGUGUACACCACGAGAAAUUAACUUUCGCGUAAUAUGUCCAAGAAAGCAUCCAUACAGUGCCAGAGCCCGAGACUGAUUUACAAGUGUGUACAUUUACAUUAACUGGACUGCAGUGUUUAAAUAUUCAAAUCUGCUAUAACAAAUUAAGUGCUUACAGAAGCAGGAAGUUCCUCUAUGUGGCACACAUGGUACUCCUGACAUCGUUCUCCCAUUACAGAGUCAUAUUGAUCAUGACAUUUCGACUAUUACAGGACUAUUCACUUAUGAUUCGAAGGCAAUUAAUUUAAAUUUAUUUUCAGGACUUAAAUUCAAAUGCUUAAAAUGUUUAGCAUACUUAAUUGAAUUUUCAGUCUUAUAUCCAUUCAUUUGAUGUAUAAAUUCCUGAAUAUGUUCAACAAUUCACUUAGCUUCUACGUGUAUAGAGAUUUAGUGUUAUUUUUAUAAGUUAUUUGCUAUAAUAGGUUAAUGUAACUUAAUUUCGGAAUAAGAAAAUGUAUCCAUCGUAUUUAUUUGUAUUCUGUGAUUUCUCUGUUUUGUGUCGAAGUAUUGUUUCACUGUGUAUAUACUCUCACGUUGUAGAGAAUUUGACUUUGUCUUAUGUGACUCGAUGCAUUAUUCAGAUGUUAUAAAUCUGUUAAAAUUCCCUCCUUCUUUCCAACCAUAAUUUUAUUUUGUAUCAACUUCAUUUAUUUUUAUGGAAUAAAUAUCCUACUGAUCUGCACGAGAUUUCCUCUGUUUGGGCCUGUGUGCAUGCUCUGCUGUUUCCUUCCUUU